AUGUCCAAACCCUCCAGCUUGUUCACCUCCUAUACCGACGCCGCCAGCACCUACUGGCCACCCGGCUGGAACUUCCAGCGCUAUGCCCACGCUACGCCCGAGGACAACGCUGCACUGUCGGACGAGGAGCGCGCCAAGAUGCAGGCCGGCUUCCGCGAAGCGCUCGGCGAGGAUGGCGUUAUAGAUAUGGCCCGUGUCGUGUGGCAGGAGCAGCUGCGCUGCCAGCAGCAGCAGCAGCAGCAACGGCCUCCGCCACCUCCCCCCAACUGGCUGAAGACUUGGCGCAAACAGGCGGGCGGCUACGGCGGCGGGGCCUGGGGCUUCAUCGCCUUCUAUACUUCCAGUACCGUCGCCGCCAUGUCUGAGUCGGAUGUGGCCAAAUUCCACACACGCUCACGAGAGAUGGCGGAGAUCCCGAUCCAGAAGGUGUUGGAGGAGGAAGGGCAUCCAGCCGGGGACAUCGCCGAGGCGCGACGCUCGUUCGAGAUCCGCUGGGUCGAGGUGGACGACAACGACGACGACGACGACGACGACGAAGAAGAAGAAGAAGAAGAAGAAGCCAAAGGUGAGAAAGGAAAAAGGGAGGCGGGGGUGGGAGGAGACUGGGUUGAGAAGGCGCGCGCCAGUUAUCGCGCUAUGCGCGAGUCUGGCGUCCUCCCGUCAGGUCUCGCUCUGCCCGUCUUCCUCUGCGCAUCACCCGCCGCCGUGGUCUCGGUGCUGCGGACGUCGCCGGUGGAAGUGAAGGAGGCGCACGAGGUGAAGUCGCGUUGGCGAUCCGGUGAUGUCCCGUUCCUGCUGGUCGCGGCCGCGGAGACGGAGCAGGGGAUCGUCGUCGACGACGACGACGACGAAGAAGAAGAAGAAACCAAGGUUGGUGGUGGGGAAAGGAGCUGGUUCAAGCCUGUGUUCAAAGCGGCCGCCGAGGUGUUGGUGGACGAGCUCUGGUGGGUCGUCGCUGAGCAGAUCAUGUCGCUAGGCCAGAUGACGAGGUUCGUUCGGGGCGCGACGGUGGCUGAGGAGCAUGUCACGACGACGGAAGAAGAGAGGCAGGGGAGGGGAGUAGAGGCGGCUGAUGUUGGUAGUAGACGGGCCGAGGAGCCGGGCCGUGACGACGACGGGCUGGAUGACAUAUGGUGGACCGUUCAUAUGCCGCCGCGUCAAAUGAGGAAGAGGCGGAGGGUGUGAGCGAGAUCUGGAUAGUGAGCCCGAAGAGCUACUUACCUGACCUACGGCCAUCAGCCGAUGCGCAGGCAUUUCAAAUGUGCAUGCCAACUACUUGCAACUGCAGCUAUCCGCUAGCAUAGACAAAUUGUUCAGAUUUUCUAA